GGAACCCCAAAGAGGGUGGGGAUAUAUUACCCUUCUCAAUCGAUCUAGGAAUAUAAAUAGGAGAGCAGACUAAUGUAAAUCAUUAAGCAGUGCAUCCGGUGUUUAGUUAUUUAGUUACAAAUUGACUAAUUAAUAAGCAAGUAACCAUGGUUCAUCAAAUUAAGAUUUGCAUGUUCAUUUGUUUCGUAUUAAUCGCAACUACCUCUUCAAAACCGACUCUGGGCAGUAUCAGGCAUGGUUUCAUUGGUUCCUUCGGACUCAGUGGUGGUUUACACGCCAGCCGAACUCACCAAGAUAGCCUGGAUCACAAUAGUGGGUUUAUCAAUCAGGGACAAUCUAGUGGGGGGCAUAUCCGAGAAGGAUCCUACAGAGAGGGUUCGUUUAGGGAAAGUAACUUUGAUCAAGGAAGUCAUUUGAAUGCUGCAAAUAAUCACUUAAAUCAGGGCAGUUUAAAUCAUGGUAGUUUUGUUUCCAAUGGGCAACAGUUUGAAACGAAUGGUGGUCUGGGCAUCUCUCCAGGAUUUGUUGGAGGAAUCGAUAGUGCUGGAAUAAAUUCGGGUUCAAACCUUGCAACUGGAAGCGUAGGUCAUCGUACCGGACUGGAAGCCAGCGUAGGUCAUCGUACCGGACUGGAAGCCAGCGUAGGUCAUCGUACCGGACUGGAAGCCAGCGUUGGUCAUCGUACCGGACUAGAAGUUGGCGUUGGUCAUCAUGCCGGACCAGAGCGUCAUCGUACCGGACUGGAAGCCAGCGUAGGUCAUCGUACCGGACUGGAAGCCAGCGUUGGUCAUCGUACCGGACUAGAAGUUGGCGUUGGUCAUCAUGCCGGACCAGGAGCCGGGGUCGGUCUUCUUACCGGACUUGGAGCCGGUGUUGGUCAUCAUGCCAGACUGGGAGGUGUUGUUACUGGACUAGGAGCUGGCGUCGGUCAUGGUACUAAGGUCGGUCUUGAAGGACGAAUCUAUAAAGAAAAACUUAUUACGUGA